CGUUGGGCAGCAUUUGUACGCGAGGUGGACCCGGACAUAAUAACCGGCUACAACAUGCAAAAUUUUGACCUUCCCUACUUGAUGGGCCGAUGUGAACACUUAAAGGUGGACUCUUUUCCCUUCCUCGGUCGUGUCACAGGCUCGAAGUCGGUCGUAAGAGAGUCAAUGAUGCAGUCAAAGCAGAUGGGCCGGCGAGAGAACAAGUUUGUUUCCAUUGAUGGUCGCAUCCAGUUUGAUUUACUUCAGGUUCUCCUAAGGGACUUCAAGCUGCGUAGUUAUACACUGAAUGCUGUCAGCUACCACUUUUUACAAGAACAAAAGGAAGACGUCCAGCAUAACGUGAUCACCGAUUUACAAAAUGGGAACGAACAGACCCGACGUCGGCUAGCAAUCUACUGUCUAAAGGAUGCUUAUCUACCGUUACGAUUACUGGACAAACUCAUGUCCAUCGUGAACAAUGUGGAGAUGGCUCGUGUGACGGGCGUUCCGAUUACCUACCUUAUUAAGCGAGGACAGCAAGUGAAGGUCAUAUCUCAAUUGCUUAGAAAGGCGAAGGAACAAGGUCUUUUACUGCCCACUCAGCGUCCUGCACAGGGAGACGAGUUUACCGGAGCGACUGUCAUAGAGCCGCGUCGAGGCUUUUACAAUGAACCCAUCGCUACGCUGGACUUUUCUAGCCUAUAUCCGAGCAUCAUGAUGGCACACAACCUCUGCUACACUACGCUUCUAGCUCCAGCUGAUUGUAGCGCUCACGGAGGCGUCCAGAAUUUGGUGGAUGCCUACGGCCUCUCACCGGAUGACUACAUUCGGACGCCUACUGGUGCCUACUUUGUCAAGGAGUCGGUUCGAAAGGGUCUCCUUCCUCAGGUCCUUGAGCAGCUCCUUGCGGCUAGGAAAAAGUGA